CAGGAGUCGUCCAUAGAAGUUUUUCGACUGGGACAGCAAAAUAAGGUAACAAGAAAAAGUUAAAAUUUUCUUGAUAUAGAAGCCUUGAUUAUUAUAGCUAUUUCCCUAAAGUUCAAGGGCAGAUAAGAAAAAGCAGAUUGUUUCCGUCAAUCAAAAUUUAGCCGUGCACGGGUUUGAAACAAAAUCGACCAAUCUGUUCGGUCUAAUUUUCAAGCCGCCAAACCCGAUUCCUUUUUUUGGCGUUAAAACAGGCCAGGGAGGUCACCCACAACCGUUAUUGAUUGAUGAUGUUUUAAAGCCAAUACACUGGCGGUUGCUUACAAGGGGUACAAGGGCCUACUGACUGGGCCAAGUUUCCUCGGAUUAUCGUUUAAAAAAACACUUCACCAUGAGGGGUUUCUCCAGAUGCCAGAUGCAUAACGCGUCCAACAUUCAGGAAAGUCUUAACAUUGGAAGACUCCAGAAGGAUCUGAGUCAUUUCUGAAGCGGUUACAGUCGAGUGAAAAUAAGCAAAAAUCUUUGAAGGAUAUGUCGUCUUAUUUUUACCUUCUCAGCGGAAUUGAAAUAAGAUGAACGACUAUUAAUGUCCUCUGUUUUGCUUACUCCUUUUCUAGCACUGUCAUUGUCCUCAAGGAUUCUAAAAUGCAACGUAUUGUAGCUUUUGUUCUGCUGAUCUGUAUACUCUACUUUGUGGAUAACAUUCCUCCAGUGAGUUUUACUUGUUUAAAUGCGAUUUCUUCGACUAUUUCUUAUCUACUUUUCUCCCAUAUCUCCAUUACUACCAGAAACUUUACAAGCAAUUUACUUUGCUCUACAAGACAUGGUUCAAGAUUUUGAGUUGUUGAGUAAAAUCCUAAAUUCUAAACUAAAACGUGUGUGUGACUAAAAAGAUGAAAGCUGUCCGGCGUCACUUUCUUAGUGUGAUAUCGGUUAAUUAUGCUGUAAAAGGCUGUUCUCACUUUUGCGAUUGUCGAUAAAAACAGCACAAGUUACUCUUUUCAGAACCUUAACUUACACUGACUCAAAGGAGUUUAGAACAUGACAAAUUUGUUUUGUUCUUACAGGGUCGCUCAACACCAGUAAGAGGAGGUAAGUCUAGAAUUUUGAGCACAUUUGCUAAGACUGGUUAUCUAACGCGGCUAAACAAAUUGAAAACUUGUUGAAUAGUUUUUGAGUUGGGGGUGGGGGUAGGGAGGAAGAGGCGGAGACUGGGUUAGCAAGUCUGUGACCAGGUCCUUGAAGUAACCGAAAUUCAAAAGGGUUUUCUUUAAUUGCUUUGAAAUUGUUCCAUUACAUUAACAUAUUCGUGGGGUAUGUUUUCAGGUUGAAAUUAGUAGAGAAAGGAUAACAAAUAAUAGAAAAAUGUUCGAGUUUUGGCUGCAAGGGCCUUUACCGGUCACGCUUAAAAGAGCUUCAAAAAAAGCUAAAAGACCACUCAAAAGUGCUCCAGAAAAUUAAACUAAAGCUCAAAAGAAGUAAAAGGUGUCCGCUAAAAUGGAUGAAGAUGGUUACUCGGAAAAAGGCUCGACUUCCAGCCGAUGUGUGGGAGAAUGAACCCAAGUUCCUCCGUACACACUUUUCUGGGAGGAACGAAGCCCAGACGCGAGGAAGCGGUCUAAGUAAACCAAGCCCACUGUUAAAUGUUGUUCAUAUACUUUGUUCUCUCGGUAUGUACAGGCUCUGAUAAACGAGGCAUCUGUCCAGCCGCCGGGGAGCUCAAACCUAUCGAUCAUCAGAACACUUUACCAUGCGGGCUAUUUUGCACUUCUGACUCCGACUGUGGCCCUAACAACCCUCUUAAGUGCUGCUUUUCCGGAUGUGGCUGGCUUUGCAAACUCCCAGGUGAGCUUUUCUAGGAUCAUCGCCCAGGGUAGACUAUACCUCCAAUGGUUUAGAUCAAGCUUAGAGGCAGCUUCAGGUUGCUUUUUCCUACGGCCCCUACCAGUCACUAUUAAGUGGUCUUAACACGGUGCUGAAGCAGUACAAACUGUUUCUAGAAUGGAGACCUUAUCCAGAUUGCGGCAUCACAGAAUUUGAAGCUACACUUGAGAAAGAUUGUCUUUUGAAACUGGUUUGGAACUGGAGUUUAAAGGAAGCUUCCGCUAAUGUUCUUUCCAAGACCUCCGCAUCAUUCGCCUUUCCUUAAGAAGAGAGACAUCUAUCGGGGGCUGGGGGGGUACAAAUACAUUAGAUACAAAUACAUUUUACUUUCCACUCCCCUCCGAGUUUGCAGGAAUAAUACAUGUUACGGUUAAAUUUAACCAUUGGCUUAAUUUUUUUUCUUUUACUUGGGAAGGGUAAUGCAUGCAAAGAAAAAUUGAAUUCUACAAGGGAUGGGAUAGGUUAAACUACAACAUUACACAACAGUGUGCUGGGGAAUUUGCCAGACUGUUUAUUGUAGGCGCAAAUUUCUCCUCUGCAGUUUACAUCCAAACUAGUCAUAGUUGUUCUCUAGUCCUGAACUAGGGUAAACUUCAAACACCAGAGUCUAUACGUCCCUUGCUCUUUGCGGCGAAGAGCAGUGGAAUAUUUCUUUAACAUAAACCAUAGACUAGUGAAAGCAAAAAGGCCAUUGGCCUGACUUCACCUCCCCAAUGACUCAAGUAAACCUCGAUUUUGUCAGGUCUUUUAACACCAUCGUUUGUGUCGGAGCACGAAGUUUAACUCAGGACCUGCCGAUCACUGUGGAGACCAACGCUUUACAAAGUGACGUACAUAGGUGGCGAGUAGAAGUACUAAUAAGUAUUUGAUUGUGUGGGAAACGCAUGAGUUAACUACAUUCUUUUCUCUGCUUUUGCUUUUCCUUUUUAGUGCGUUAUUAACAUUACUGGGAUGAUGCUUCCAAAAACAUGGCUCCAGUUGAAAAAAAAGGACUGACUUUUUACCAGAGUACCUCAUGCCUGCUCUAGAAGAUUUAAACUCGGUGACUGCAGCUUGUUAGAAUUUCAGCAAAAGAAAAAAAAACGUAAAACUUGUCAUAAUCUUUAAAUAAGGUUAAGUGUCAGUGUAAUGUUAUUAAAUAAGCAACAAGUCCAGAGAUGAGUAGGCAAUAAAAUGAUUGUUAAACGAAUCAUCGCUUGUUUUGACUUCCGCGACUCCGAUUAAUAUGUUAGUACUGUAACGAUACCUUAUCCACAGAACAUUUUUCGAUAAAAGAUCAAAUUAAAAAGUAACUUCAGUUGGAUGAUAUUUGCCAAGGAACUUAUAAUUACAAAACACAGUUUAAAUAUAUAUGAUUAGAGCACCGCACACUAUAUUCUUCCUCACAUCCGAAGAGGACCGUUGUCAAUGAAAAAUGUCGCAACAAUCGGCGUUUCGACUAAACACAUAAAUUAAGUGGUUAUGGUUUGGAGCUUUAAAGUACACUUCAUCUAGCAAACGGAGUCACGAGAAUAAACGACAUAUUUCAGGGGCACCCAACGAGAAUAUAGCUCAGAACCACUUAAACAUAGCAUUGUUAAACGUGUUUUAGUAUUUAAACGGUAGAUAUAGGCAUAUUUUUAUCCCCUAAAAAUUUUUCAUCUGUUCGGAUUUCCUAGCUGAAAGUCUAGUGAUGCGAAAAUCGUAGUGAUUAAAACUUACCUUUUCGAAAAUUUCAGGGAGAAAAAAGGCUUCCGAAAAUUCUAGGUGACCUUUUUAAGGUAAAAAUCCGUGUAAAAUGGACAAUUGUACCGUUUUUUAGAUGUUCGAAAAUCUUAGGAAAGGCAGCGGGCAAGCAAGAAAUUUUACAACAAAUGUUCCGAAAAUUCUAGAUCUCAAAUCGUCUUCCGAACAGAUAUUUUCCGAAAAUUGACGUUGUGUGCCUCUGAUAUUUGUUCUUGACAGAUUGCAGCCCUGUAAUGCGUUCCUUUGGGAUGAUCCUGAACAAGAUCACUGAUCCGAGAUCUUCCAGAUCAUGGUGCAUCAAAUGA